AUGGAGCAAACGCGGCUACAGCGUACGUCCUCUCCUCAUCUCCUGAUCUUGCCCUGCCCGACGCUCACCGCAAGUCCUCCGGGCUUCCCCUUUGCAAGCGAGACCAGCCCGGGCAACUGGCACAUCUUCGGCAACCUCCUGCGCCUCACCGUCCCGCUUGGCCUCUGCACCGUCGACCAAUACAACCUGGCCCUGCUCCUGCGCUGCUUCAAGGAGCUCAUCAGCGUCUUCGAGAAACACCCCUCCGUGCCAAGCCUGUCGGCCGCCUAG